AUGCCGCUGAAGAUGUGGUUAUUUCCUCUUGUCUGUGGUCGUCCAGACUGUGGUAAGCACAGACUAACAGCGGCAGGACUUUACCGUACCGUGCGUAAGGUCUUGGACAUCGAUGGGUGGUAUGACCUUGCCACUGAGUAUCUGGAGUGCAAACGCUGCAAAAAGAAAUAUCCUGCCUGGUCCGAGGACAUCCUAGGACAGCUGGAUAUGGGCCACCGCAGUCAGUUUCCAGCUUUGCUGACAUACAGAUACUCAUGUGACAACCGGGUGCUGAGGAUGAUGAGGGAGAGGACACUGGGCAACAGUGUGACUCAGCUUUACAAGAAGCUGAUGGAACAGCACAGUGAGGCAUGGACACAGCGUGUCUUGCAGUACCUGACUGCCUGCGAGCCAUUCACAAGGUCCUCCCUUGUGCAGCCUCCUGUGUUUCCCGAUCCUCCCCUUUUACCUGCCCUGCCUAAACCUAAGUGGCUGUUAGCUGUGUACGCCAGGGAUGUUCUGGGGCGACUGCACGAGGUCAAGGCCAAAAUUACAUCUGUCUUUGGCUGUGUUCUCAAGAUGGAUUCGACAAAAAAGGUCACAAAGAAACUUGCUGGUGCUGCUUCAGGAACAGCUGCCUGGUGCACAAAUGUGGGAAACGAACACGGCCAGGUCCUUGUCUCUGUUCUGACAGCCGCUGAGGGACAUGGACUGGACCCCAUGGCAGCUGGCCUGAUGAAACGCUACCGGGAGGCAGGAGAGGCAGCCCCAAAAGUGAUGUACGUGGACAGAGACUGCUGCAGUCAGCACGGCCAAUCUCGGGUGAAGAUCAUGUUUUCGGAGUGGGAUGAGCUUGUAGUGCGCCUCGACAUCUGGCACUUCAUGCGGCGAUUUGCUGCAGGUGUCACGACAGAGGCUCAUCCGCUCUACGGGAUCUUCAUGGCACGUCUGUCCACGUGCAUCUUUCAGUGGGAUCCAGAGGAUGUGGCUGCUCUUCGCUCUGCAAAAGAGGGUGACCUGGCGGCAAAGAAUACUGGCCACAUCUCAGGAAAGGCAGUCAGUGCGCGCAUUACCCGGAGGGAGUUGGCACUGCACUGCCGGAGGAGGACCAGGGGGGUGGAGGAGACCACCAGACUGAUUGGAUCACUGAUUGAUCAGUUUGACAGUGCGGAUGGGAAGGACACCCUGGGAGUUCUACGAUUAUUGAUCCAAAUUGCUGUUUCGAGGCAGCAGCUUAAAAGAGAGAUUAAGUCUACUGUUUCCCAAAGGUUGGGGGAACUAGGUGUUUUAGUAGUGCCUGCAGUAGUCGGUGAAGGUUUUUUUGGUGCUGACGGUCGCCCGGGCGAGGAGGAGCAAGGUGGAAUGGCUGAGGUGGAGGAUUCGGAGGCCAAGGCCGCUCUGCUGCCGCCCUUUGAGCCUUUUUCUCCGGGCUCGGCUAAGUCUGGAGGAGGUGAUGUGCGGCUUAAAGUCCGCUUAGCGCGAGUUCAAAUGGAGGCGCGCGAGCGGGCAGAAGACCGUCGGGCUGAUAUGGAGUUUCGACUUGAAGUCCGCAGACUCGAAAUCGAGGCGGAGACGCAGGUUAAGCUGCGUGAACUGGAAUUAAGUGCAGCCAAAGGGACACCUGUUCCAGUUGUGCAACCCUUACAGCCUGCUGACGUUUCGGCGGGGGCUGGCUCGGUGGGGACCAACUUCUAG